GUUUUAUAAUAAAAUACGGCCGAAAAUGAGUAUGGGAAUAUGUAGAGAGAGUGGAAUUGUAGAGCAUAUCUAACCACAGCAUACACCCAAAUUAAUCCCAAACGAAGUCUGCAGCAUACCUUGUCUCAAUUGCAGCUAGCUGUUUGAUGGAAUGAGUAAAUGGGUGUGCCAUCCGUUCCGUAAAGCUCUCAGCUUGUAAAUUUUCAUUUACGCAAAGACCGAAAAGCUGCGAGUUUUUUGUGGGGUUUCGUCACUGAAGAAUCGAAAUGGAUUGGAGCGUUGUGCGAAGGAUUUGGGAGAAAUGGGCAGCGAACAACAUAGGCCCUUCAGAGAAAGAUUUGAAUGCAGCACUAUUGAUCAACUAUGAUCCCACCGGACCUUCUCGCCUUGUAUCCACCAUUGCGGAGCAAGAGGGGAUCAAAGCAGAUCCGAUUGAGAUGAGUCAGUUUAUUGGUUUUGUCAAGAGAAACAAGCUUCAGAUGGAAACCUUCUUCAUCGGGCCAAACCAAUAUCUUGUGACCUCGAUUCAUGAGAGCUGGUUCUGUGCGAGGAGCUUGAACUCUUCAAAGCAGGCCGGUGAAGGUGCUAUUGUGAUGCAGACAUCAGCAUUCCUCUUGGUUGGACUAUACGAUGGCUCGAUUGGAGCAGCAUCGCGUGCAAUGAUGGCUGUCGAUCAAUUCGCAGGGCAGCUAGGUCGAAGGAACUACUGAUUUUGUUGAAGCAUCUUUCAUGAAACAGAGCAUCUCUGUCAUAUAAAUAUAUAAAUUCUGGUAUUAUAUUUAUGAGGUCAAAUCUGUACCAGACAAUGAAAUACAUUUACUGCUUAAACUCCCAAAAACAGUGUUUCUCUGCUUUUGUUUACAAUUUUUCAUUAUUUUCAAA